GGACCCCCCCUCCCCUCCCCCCCUCUCCCCAGUCCCGGUCAACGCUUCAGGCCAGUGGUUAUAACCACUAACUAACUAUAGUUCAUCGCGGUUCAUCGUAGUAACCUUGAUCGGCAGUGCAAAUUUCACUAUUACAAAUGAUAUUUUGAACGCUGUCUGUAAUCUCCUUAACCUAAUCUGAUUUGUUGAAUUGGAUGAUAAAGGGGAAAAGUCUUCUGCCGGCCGGUGUUGGUCAGUUUUGAGUUCUGACCGGUGACAGGCCUUCUACGGGGAUCGUGAAUAAAGACUAAUUCAUAUAAAUCAGGAGACACACUCAGCCACUAAUGCACAGUAUUCUGCUAGUUAUACAAGUGUCAAGUAAAGUGUUUGAUUUAAAACGCUCUCCUGUUUUGUUUUUUGUCGUUGUCUUGAGAAGUUAUGGAGUCGAAACAUGCAGACUGUGGAAGUGAAACACUAUUUUCAGAUGGCUUUAGCCAAUCGACUGGCAGUCAAGGCAGCUCUUCACCAGAACUUUCCGUUUCACCUCCACCACCUCGGCAGAUAUUAUUCAAGCCCUACAACAUGAACCACAAAAGGCGUGGGCGUGUAAUAAUAUUUAAACAUGAGAACUUUAAGCCCCAUUUAAAAGUGAAUAGUGUAUCUAGCACAAACUGUAACACCCAUGAGUUAAUAGAAAAUUUCAAAAGCCUUGGCUUUGAUCCGUGUGAUAUUAAAAUUGAUCUGUCUGAUACAGAAAUUAUGGGAGUUCUCAAAGGAGCUGCCGCUGAAGACCAUACAGAUAGAGACUGUAUUGUUGUGGUGGUGCUGACUCAUGGAUAUCGGGGGUAUCUUUAUUCCAAAAACUCAUAUUACAAGCCUGAAAAACUUUGGGCACCUUUUGAAGCACAUAAAUGUCAAUCUCUAGCAGAUAAACCUAAACUCUUUUUUAUUCAGGCUAGUCAAGAGACUGAUACCUACAAUCCUGACUUUUAUGAAGUAAUGACUGAUGGAAACAAUUCUAAGUAUUUGCCAGUCCAAUCAGAUUUUUUGAUUGCUUACUCCACAACUCUUGGAUUUAUGAGCAGAUUUUUGCUAGAAACUCUUAAUGGGUUAAAUGGCAAUAAUGACCUCCUUACAAGUUUGUCAAUUGCUGAAUCUGUUCAGCAAAAUCCAACCAUCACCCAUACUCUGAGAGGACUUGUUAAGUUUACAAAUCGAAACAAGUUAUUGGAGUCGAUGACUAUAAUAAGUGACUCCUCUGAAUUGGGUGAACAACAGUUAAAGACGAAGGAUUAUUUCAGCCGUGAAACCAACCCACAAGCUCAGUUAUUUAGACUGGAUGAGGAAAACUUUGACAACAUACGUGAUUACAUCAAUCGCUUUAUUGCACUAAUUUCAACAAUAAAUGCUAAUGGGGAACCAUUGUGUGAUAAUCUGAAGCGUAGUGCUCUAUUAUGUGGGUUGCCUAAGAGUCUGCCUGCCAUGAAAGAGUUCAAAGACUACAUUGUAAGGAAAUAUCCUUCCAAAGCAGAGUACAAACUAGUUUUAGAGGAACUAAUAGCUGUUAGUGAAAAGGAAUCUUCACAUGCAGAUAUCCACCUACCCUCUAUUAGUGACCCUCAUGAGUCUGGCUGUAAACGGUCAACUCCUUUGGAGACAAAGGAGCAAUUUCAUCACACAGAAGAUAAUUCAGAUGACUUGACUGUAGAUGAUCCAAGUUUCCCACAGCAUGGAGAAGAUCAGAAAUACAAGAUGGAGGCAAUGAAUAAUGACCCAAUAGGACUUGCCCUAGUUAUUGCCAACAAGACAUUUAAGAUAGAGUUGGGGCUAGAAGACCGACUGUGUUAUGAAAUGGAUUUAUUUUUGAUAGGAGAAACCUUCACAAAACUGGGCUUUGACCUAAUACUAUGUUUGGACAAGAAUAAAAAAGAAAUAAAAACAUUUCUAAAUGAUGUUUGUAUAAAAAUGAAUCCAAACAUAAACUGCUUAGCAGUUAUAGUAAGCUCUCAUGGAUCGUCGAACGGUAUGAUUUAUGCCAAAGAUGGCAUGUAUGCAGUAAAUGAUUUGUUCGAACCAUUCCGAGCUGCAAAUUGUAGUAUCUUGGCAGAAAAACCAAAGCUGUUUUUCUUAGGACCUUGCAGAGGAUUCAAGCAUAUGAAAAGCAUAAAAGUAGCUAAUGAUGAUGUCCCUUAUCACAGUAAAAUGCAAACUGAUAUGGGAGGAAGAACAAAGAGUUUUUCUCAAUCUACAAAAAAGAAAAGAAAAAGGGGCACACCAAUACUCGAUCAUGAACUACCAUGGCCUGAUAUUGAAGAUCAUUUUCUUGUCUUGUUUUCAACAGUUAAAGACCAUGUUGCGUUUAGAGAUGACAAGGGUUCAUGGUUUACUAAAAGUCUCUGCAAGAUACUCAACAGAGAGAGAGAACACAAUAUUCAGCACAUUCUUACUUCUGUCAAUUAUGAAAGUGCUUUCAUGGCUACAUCUGACUCGGCACAAAUAUCACAAGUAGCGUCAAAAUUGAGGAAAAUUUUAUUGUUUCCGUUAAAUGUUCCUAAAGGGAGCAAUACAGAAUGGGAUGGUUCAGAAUUUUGUCAGGCUAUGGAAACAUGAAUUAAAUUUCAGUUGAUUAUAUUUCUGUGUAUUUGUGUGUUAAGGCUACAACACUCCAUACAGUGACAUCACUUUCUGUUAGUCACCAUGAAGUAUUUCAGAUUAAGGAACUUCAUGUAAUUUUGAUAUCAAAUACAUGUAAUAGAUGUUCUCUAUUGAAGUUGGCACCACUGCUUGUCAAAUGUCGGCUGUUAAAGUUUAUAUAGACCUGAUGAGACCCAAUAAACCAGUGAGUCUUGCUA